AUGGCGCUUCCUGAGUGGAUGGUAACGCUGCUGGCCACCGCAUCCUUCUUGUGUUUCUUAUGUCUGUGCGUUCGCUAUAGACGCACAGGACAAGUGUUUUGGAGGAGACUGUUGAGCAAAAUAAUGGCCCGCACGGAGAAGCCGUUGUUUCGAAUAGCAUACACGCUCUACACUAGGACCAGGCUUGGAUACAUGUACUACAAGAGGCAAAUGAGGAAAGCCCGAGAACAUUACCCUGCUGGUCACUCCACGGCACAGCCCGUGGAAUUCAAUGGUAUCAAGAUAAUUCCCAUCUCGGUACUGUCUGACAACUACAGCUAUCUUGUAAUUGACACAGCCUCCAGUGUUGCAGUUGUUGUAGACCCUGCAGACCCUCAGUCGGUUCAGGCAGUCCUUGAGGAAGAGGGAGUGACGUUAGAAGCAAUACUCUGUACACACAAGCAUUGGGAUCACAGCGGAGGAAACAAAGGGUUGAAAAGGCUUCACAGCUCAUGCAGAGUUUAUGGAAAUGCAGCUGACAACAUUCCCGGCCUCACAAACCCUCUCUCCCACAAGGACUCAGUGACUGUUGGCCGUAUGCACUUUAAGGCCCUCUUCACUCCUGGACACACGGUGGGCCACAUGAUCUACCUCCUGGAUGGCCGGGCGGUCGGCACCCCCUCCAGCCUCUUCUCUGGUGACCUGGUGUUCCUCUCAGGAUGCGGAAGGAUGUUUGAAGGAAACGCCACAACAAUGCUGUCAUCUCUGGACACAGUCGCCUCCUUAAGUGAUGACACUCUAUUAUGGCCUGGUCAUGAGUAUGCAGAGGACAACCUGCUGUUUGCUGCUGAGGUUGAGCCACGCAACGCUGCCAGGGAAAACAAAUAUCAGUGGGUGCUGCAGCAGCGAGGCCAGAAGCUGUGCACGAGUCCCUCCACUAUCGGAGAGGAGAGGCAGUACAAUCCUUUCCUGCGCAGCCACUCUGCGGAGCUCCACCUGGCCCUGGGCCUACAGCAGUUCCAGGAUGAAGACUGGACCCAGUUCAGGGCCCGAGUGCUGGAGGAGCUGCGAAAACGCAAAGACCUCUACAACAGGAGAUAGUACUGGGGAACACUGAGACGAGAAGCUAGCUAAACACUGGCCGACAGGACAGUGAUGCAAAAGCAGCGAUCUGCAGUCGUACGCUAAUAAGGUACUGAAUAAAAGGCUUAAUCUGCUCAAAGAGACCGGCUUUGUAAAUUUAAAGGGGCAUUAAGUUUUGACUUUUAUUAGCCUGUACCAGAGACCACUAUGAACAUAUUCACAUCAUUAUUACAUGUACUAAUCAUUAAGCCUUUUACCUCCAUAUACUGUAUGUUAUGCUAAUUUUGUGUUUCUAGACAGGACCGUGCUCAUUCAUUGCCUCAUUAACGAAGAGACAUAAACUUAGAUUUGCAUGAGUAUCUUUCUUCUUGUUAUUUUACAAGUAGGUACAACCAGAUUCUGGGUGAUAGCAGGUCUGCACACUACAUGAGUUGAAUUUAACAUGAAUUUAACUAGUUAAGUACUGUUUUUAGUGCACAGCCUGGCUUAUUUUUAAGGCAAGUAAUACAUUGUUUUAAAAGCCUUUGAUGCUGUAUUUGGUAUGCUGGUUUCACAUUUACAGUGCUGCUGAAGAGGAAUUAACUUCUCCACGGGAGAUGUGAUUUUUGACCUCGGGUGUUUGAUUGUGAAUAUUUUAUUUUGUUAUGUUAUAUCCAGCAAUAACGGUACCAUUUAACAAAUCACAAACACACUUUGCUGUUGGUACUUUGUGUUAAAGGCAGCACAAUGUAUGGGAGAAAAAAAGUCUUUACACUAGCUUUCCAUGUGAAUCUUUGCUGAAUCUAAGAGCCACUUUUGUUUUGAUUGAAGAGAGAUUCGAGUGGUUGAGCUACUGGCCCUGUUUUGCUUUUUCCCAAGAAGCUUCAUUUUAUAAUCCACUUGUGAAACGACGAGAAUGAAUCUGAAUCUGAAUCUGAAUCUGAGCAGGCCCCAGGUAUUAAAUGUGGAACACACGUUUUAUAGUACAGCCCUCAUUUGUGCCUCUCAGCAAAGGCUUUUUUUGCUGAACUAAUUUUUCCACAUUGAGAGUUGUUUUGUUUUGCACUGUGUGAACGUGAGCAGCAGCAUUAUGUGAAGGAUUGGACUGUUCGCGCAUUGCAAUGUGUGAAACAUGACUGAAUUGCUGUUGAAGGGAUGAUUCCUUACGUUAGCCUGCGGAAUUAUUCCUAACUGCUAAAACGUUAUAAUGAAGGUAAUUAAGACGUACAGGGUGAUGUUGAAUCAAGCAAUCUGUAGCCAUACACUAUGUUUUUCAAUCAGUUUUGACUUUGGUUUAAAAUGUGUGGUAUUUAAGAAUGAGAUGGUGAUCUUUCUAAAUGUGAGAAUACAAUGUGACAUUGACUGUGGCACUCACUUUCAAAUUUCAGAGGGAAUGUUUUUAUAGCCAAUCUGAAAACUUUGGAAAGCAGAAUUGUACGUAUUUUUUAAUAUAUUGGAGGAUUUACUGUACUGAAAAAUAAUUCCAGUAUAAUAAAGUCUUCU